AUGGCCAAGACCAGCAGGCACGGGCCUACUAGUUGUCAUCAUAGCACAAUGGACGAAGCAGGCGAGGAAGGUGUUCUGCACCGUGGAGUGUGCCCCCAUCCAAUGUACUUCGAACGUCUAUCGGGCAAUCAUGUGUUUUGUGAAUCUGAGUCGUUUCUUCAAGCUAGAGCUUACGAGAAGUAUGCUGAAGUCUGUGUGUGCAAAGCCAAGCUAUUUCACAAUUUUAGCCAAAAUGAUCACGUAUGGCAUGUCAAUGUGUUGGAAGUGAGUGGAUGGUGGGAAGACGAGGUUGGCAAUGGUUCACUUGUUCCCAUCACCUAA